AGAAGAAGACCAACACCAAAUACAGACACUUCACUUUGGUCGGAGUUGUUUUGAAGAUUCUUCCGUCGGUGUCUCUUCAACUCCAUCAUCUCCAUGUCUUUUCCACUUCAAGGGUUUCAAUUUACUCUGAAUUGAGCAACGAAUGUUUUCGGUUUCCAAAUUAAGAUCGAGAUCGUUGGAAAUUAUGUCUUUCCAUUUUUUUUUUUUUCGUGAAUGUGUCGGCAGAAUAAGUUUUUGAAGCUUGUUGUUAAAUACUUGAACUUGAAUGUCUUUUGGGUUUGAAUCUGUGUAAUUCCUCUCAUGGAGAUUAUUAGAUCUGAGCUCCGAAAACAUUCACGAAGUGGAAAGAGGAAAUGGGCUAUUUUGGUUGGGAUUAUGGCCUUUACUUAUAUCUUGUUGUUACUUUCAUAUGGUGACGCCUUAAGAUAUCUUUUGCCUGAUGGUAGAAGACUGAAACUUCCCAAUGAGAACAAUGCGUUGAUGACUCCAUCGCGAAACACACUUGCGGUUAACUUUUCUGAGGAUUCUGCAGGCUCGGGGAUUCAUGUCUUGGAGAAAAAUGGGAAUGUUUCAGAUUUUGGUCUAAGGAAUGAGUCGGAAGAUGAUGAAGAAGGGUUUGUUGGAAAUGUUGAUUUUGAGAGCUUUGAAGAUGCAAAAGACAGUAUCAUCAUCAAAGAAGUUGCUGGAAGCAGUGAUAGUCUUUUUCCUACAGAGAAGACUGUAAUGCAAAAUGAGAUUGUUUCAACCAGUAAUAAUGGCCAUCAGGUGCAAAAUGUAUCGGUUCAAAGUCAGAAGAAUUUGAAGAGCUCUAUGUCAAGUGCAGGCUCCUCCAUAGCUGGUUCUGCAUUUGGAAAUAGUUCCUUGCUUGUUUCUAGGAAAGUGAGUAAGAAGAAGAAAAUGCGGUGUGAUCUUCCACCAAAAUCUGUGACAACAAUAGAUGAGAUGAAUCGGAUUUUAGCAAGGCACCGUAGAACUUCACGCGCGAUGCGACCACGUUGGUCUUCUAGGAGAGAUGAGGAGAUAUUGACUGCAAGGAAGGAGAUAGAGAAUGCUCCUCCAGUUGCAACAAGUGAACGGCAACUCUACCCUCCAAUAUUCCGCAAUGUUUCCAUGUUUAAGAGGAGUUACGAACUUAUGGAACGGAUACUCAAGGUUUAUGUAUAUAAGGAAGGAAACCGCCCUAUUUUCCAUACUCCGAUACUCAAGGGAUUGUAUGCAUCAGAGGGAUGGUUCAUGAAAUUGAUGGAAGGAAACAAGCAAUACACUGUAAAGGACCCAAGAAAGGCUCACUUGUACUAUAUGCCAUUUAGUGCACGGAUGCUAGAAUACACACUUUAUGUGCGUAAUUCUCACAACCGAACUAAUCUGCGCCAGUUUCUUAAGGAAUAUACAGAGCACAUCAGUUCCAAGUACCCUUUCUUCAAUAGAACCGAUGGAGCCGAUCAUUUUCUUGUUGCUUGUCAUGAUUGGGCACCAUAUGAGACUAGGCACCACAUGGAGCAUUGCAUUAAAGCUCUAUGCAAUGCAGACGUAACCGCAGGCUUUAAAAUUGGAAGAGACAUCUCACUCCCUGAAACAUACGUCCGAGCUGCCAAAAAUCCGCUUCGUGAUUUGGGUGGAAAACCGCCGUCUCAGAGGCGGACCCUGGCUUUCUAUGCUGGAAGCAUGCACGGUUACUUGCGUCAGAUUCUACUGCAGCAUUGGAAAGACAAAGACCCGGACAUGAAAAUCUUCGGGCGAAUGCCAUUUGGUGUGGCGAGCAAGAUGAAUUACAUCGAGCAGAUGAAAAGCAGCAAGUACUGCAUUUGUCCUAAAGGGUACGAGGUCAACAGCCCAAGGGUGGUUGAAUCGAUUUUCUAUGAGUGUGUCCCUGUGAUUAUAUCCGACAACUUUGUGCCGCCUUUCUUUGAAGUUCUUGACUGGAGUGCGUUCUCAGUCAUUGUUGCGGAGAAAGACAUCCCGAGGUUGAAAGAUAUCUUGUCGUCGAUACCAGAAGAGAAAUACGUGAAGAUGCAAAUGGCGGUGAGAAAAGCGCAAAGGCACUUUCUGUGGCAUGCUAAACCUGAGAAAUACGAUCUGUUUCAUAUGGUUUUGCAUUCUAUUUGGUAUAACAGAGUGUUUCAAGUAAAGCGUAGAUGAUAUACUGAUGGUGAAAAGUUUAGAUUUAAUGUGCUUGUUUCUUCUUUGUUGUAUGAGUAUGAAUUUAGCUAUAAAGUUGACUCUACCUUUGUAAAUACUAGAUUAUGUAUCCGCGCGUUGCGCUGGAUUUUUUUUUUUUU